AUGUGCCUCUUAACAAAAAAGAAGACUGAAAAACAUAUUUCAACAAAAGAUCAUAUUGAUGCAACAAGUCUUGAGAUAUCAAAAGCAAAAUUUAUUAGAGUUUCAAAUAAUUCUAAAAAUCAUGUUAGUUCUUUAAUGAAAAUAAUUUUUUGGCUAGCAAAAAAUGAUAUUUCAUUAAAAAAGUUAUUUGAAGUUAUAAAACUUUGUAGAAUUCUUGGAUAUUCUCAAUUAAUAUCAGCUUUUAGUAUAAUUAAUUAUGAAAAUAAUGUGUCUAGAUGUGAAAUGUUAUCUGCUAUUUCAAUUUCAAUAGAGGAAACUAUCUGGACAGAAUUAAAUGAAGCUAUUGCAUUUGGUAUUAUAGUUGAUGAAAGUACAGAUAUUUCAUAUGAACUUUAUCUUAUUAAAUAUGUUAAAUAUAGUUUGUGUAAAAAGAUUAAAAUCCGUUUUUUAAAAUUACUUCAAUUAAAAAACAAAGAUUCAAAAACUAUUUUUGAAGUAAUUGUUGAUUUAUUUGAUAAAAAAGAUCCAGUAAUAGAAUUAACUCUUAAUAAAAUUCAGCAGGAAUUUUUGGAUUUUAAUAAUGAAGGAAGAUUAUUAUUAGGAGAAAAUUUAAAUAGAUUUUUAUCAAAUAUACCAUUGGGAGAAAAUUAUAAUAUUGCUGUUGUUUCAGAAAUUCAAGAAAGAUUUUCUGAUAGACCUUUACUUAAUUCAAUGAAAAUACUUGAUAAUGCAAAUUGGCCAAAUAGUAAAGAAGCGCUUGCAAAAUAUGGGGAAGAAGAAUUAUUUGAAUUUUAUUAUGAUACUUUUCCAAAUAUUAUCAAAUUAUUAGGAAUUAUAUAUUCUAUUCCAUUUUCAUCAGUUGAUUGUGAGCGUGGAUUUUCAAAGCAAAAUUUGAUAAAAACUGAUUUGCGAAAUUCUUUAAAUAAUGAAACAUUAAAUUUUUGGAUGAUGGUUGGUUUAGAAGAAAAAGAUAUAUCUGAAUUUGAUUUUACUAAAGCAUUACAAAUUUGGAAUGGAACAUCCGGUAAAUUUUAUAAUAUUCUGGAAAAAUCUGUUGAUAAUUUAUUUAAAAAUAGUAUUCGCGAUGAAGAAAAUAUUCCAGAUACUAUACAAAUAUUUGAUAAUUAUAUUGAAAAUUUAGAUGAUGAUAUAGUAUUUGGACAAGCACCAUUAGCAUCAUCAGUACCAGCGGUACUGUCAGCACCAUUAGCACCGGGACCGAAAAACGAUACCAUGUGGCCGCAAUAUUCCAUAAAGGUCAUCGCGCUACAGAACUCUUACGCUCUUACCAUUUACAAAAACCAAGGCUUGAUUCUGUUUGCUCUUGACGACAGUCGAAAACGUGAACAUAUUGACAGUAAAUUCAACGAGGAUCUUUCUGAAGAAAAAGAUUCACACCUCGAUAUACGCGUGGGAGAACGGCAAAUUCUAGUCGUAUCAGAAGUUAUUCUCGCCAUUUUCCCAAUAUCUGGCGAUGAUAUCCUUUUUUAUGGCAUAGUUCGAAUGAGAAGCGUAACGGGUCGUAAUGGUGAGAUCGAGCAUCUACCAGAGAAGGAGAUGGAGAAACUCUUUUUCGAACGACUUAGGAUGAAGCAUGUCAUCCAAAAGUACGCUGGUUGGUUGUUCAGUUUAAAGGAAUUUUUUGCG